AUGUAUAUACAGUCCGCCCACUGGCUGAUGCGCCGAAAGAGCUGGAUGCGAGAGGUUCUACUAGGUCCGGAAGAGAACAAUCGGCUCAGGGUGAACGCGGAAGCCGGUGUGGGUAACCACUGCGCGCUAGAUUUGAAAAAGCAGAGAAGGCGCAGGAACAGCGUAGCGCGAGGCUGGGAGGCCGACAUUGCCGAGCCACCGCAGAGGGGCCGCGGAGGGCGUGCGCGCACGCUCUUGGCUUUUGGAGGAACUAGCAUACUCUCAGGCGAGACGUACGCAGUGACUCCAGCGUGGGAUACUCGCGUGCAUAUCGUGAAGGUGAUGCUGGAGACGCCGCAAGGGGUGCAAGCAACCUCCACAGGCCCCGUGCGCUCCGGAUGCGCGAAAGCGUCCCCACGCCUGCAAAGAUUCAGUGGUGUGCAAGACGUGGAUAACCCAGCAUUUGUAUCAACGUCAGUACGCCGCAAGUCCCUAGGCGGCAAUGAACUCUGCAAGUUAGAUCCCGCUACAAGCGACGUGCUCUGCGGUUUUACGGGACGCCUGGUUACACAUCGUGUGCCACUGUAUCACUUCAGCAGUGUCACGCAAUUGUGCGGCUGGGCCCGCCCACGUUGCCCCGAGAGGAAAGCUCCAGACCACGGUGGAAGCCACGCGUGA